GCCGCGCGGCGGAAGUGACGCUACGGCGGCGCCCGACUUCCGGCCGGGGGCUGCGCAGCGCCCGGCGCUGCCUCGCUGGCGGCGGUGGUGCGGGGCAGCGGGGCGCCGGAGAUGUCGGAGUCGCGGCGCCGCCUCGGCGACGGGGGCCGUCGCCGCCACCCGGCCGGCGACGCGCGGAGCCAGGCUCCUGGCCACUGCCCGCGGCGCCAGCGCCUGAAUGCGGCGGCGGCGGCGGCCCGCGCGCGGCGGCGGCCGGCGGAGGAGGCCGCGGCGGCGAACAUGACUUCAGCAGAGUUUGCAGUGGAGAGCAACUUUUCACCGAAAGCUAGCACAAGCAAGCUGCAUCAGACAGUGCCAACAGAUGCAUCUCCUGACUCUAAAUGCCCUAUCUGUUUGGACAGAUUCGACAAUGUUGCAUAUCUAGAUCGUUGUUUGCACAAGUUCUGUUUCCGCUGUGUCCAGGAGUGGUCAAAAAACAAAGCAGAAUGCCCACUCUGCAAACAACCUUUCCAUUCUAUUUUCCAUACAGUUCGUGCUGAGGAUGACUUUAAGGAGUACAUACUCAGACCAUCAGAAAAUGGCUCUUUUGCCAGCCCUGAUGGCCGGAGAUUUCGGUAUCGUACUACGUUAACAAGGGAACGUCGCACUUCAUCUUACCAUCGACACACUUCCUCUUCUCGAAGGACGCUGUCCCCUCCAGAUAAUGGGAUAUUGUUUGAAGGGUUGUCAAGCCAACCAGUGCGGCAGAGAGAUGGAGAGAUUCAGCAGAUGAUAAGGAGGCUUGCCUCAAGGAGGCAAGCCAGUGCAGAGGGCAGAUCUCUGCGGCAGAUUGAGGAAGAGGACAUGAUCAACUUCCGCAGAGCUCUGUAUCGCACUGGUGUGCGUGUUCGUAGUAUUCAGGAUGGUGGCCGCUAUCGAGAUAUUUCAGCAGAGUUUUUUCGCCGGAACCCUGCUUGCCUUCACAGGUUGGUUCCCUGGUUGAAGCGGGAACUUACAGUCCUAUUUGGUGCCCAUGGAUCUUUGGUUAAUAUUGUACAGCACAUCAUCAUGAGUAAUGUGACAAGGUAUGAUCUGGAAAGCCAAGCCUUUGCUGAUGAUUUAAAGCCAUUUUUGCUGAAUCGAACUGAACAUUUCCUACACGAAUUUGUCAGUUUUGCCCGAUGUCCUUUUAACUUAGAGGCGUAUGAUCAGCAUGCCAAUUAUGACUGUCCUGCUCCAUCAUAUGAUGAAGGAAGCCACUCAGAUUCAUCAAUUAUUACAAUAUCUCCAGAUGAAGCAGAUUCUCAAGGUCCAGAUCACAGUUCAUCCAUGACUGGAAUUGAUCAAGCUCCCUGGGAUGAUGAAACUCCAGGGCCCUCAUAUUCCAUCUCAGAAGAGGUUCAUGCAACCAUUGCUUCUCCUUUGGAGACUUCAGAAAGUUCUGAUGAGGACUCUGCAACAAAGAGAACUGAAGUGCAAACCCAGUUGCAGGCUAAUGCUGAUUCAAAUGAUAGUGACUCUUCUUCUGACAAUUGUGUUAUUGUUGGGUAUGUUAAGCCUAUAGCUGAGAGGACACCAGAACUGGUUGAAUUGUCUUCGGACUCUGAGGAAUCAGUCAAGGAAGAGAAAAGGGAAGAUGUGAAGAAACAGCAGCCAAUCCAGUUUCACAGUUGCAGUGAUAGUGAACCAAGCAGGAGUUCCUCACCACACUCUCCUAUGUAUAAUGAGAACGUAGGUAGCUGUAAAAGCUGCUUAUCCCCUGCAGUUGAGAAGAUGGAGUCAAAAGAUGAUGAGAACAAAAGUAAAAUAAAAAAUUUAUCUGCACAGGAAUUGAUCUGGAGCCCCUCUUCAGGAAGGGACAGGAUGUGUUCUCCUUGUAAUCGCAGACUGUCCAGAAAGAGAAAGUCCAAGAGUCCACAAUCCUAUUCACAGCACAGCAGAGGCAAUCUUGGCCACAGGACUAGGAGGGAGCAUCGUAGCAAAGACCAGCUUAAAAGGAAACGAUCAGGAAGCAGAGAUAGUAGCAAACACAGGAGCAAAAGAAACAAGAGGAGGUCAAGAACUCGUGACUCUAGCAUCUCUCGAAAAAGCCAGAGAGGCUCUCUAAGUCGUGAGAGCACAAUAUCCAGAGAAGUAAGCAGAUCACGAUCCCGUAGCAAAGGCCAUGGCAAAAGAUCAAGAAGCCGAGACAGUGAUCAUUAUUAUAUAAGAGACAACUAUCAAAGUAGAUACCAAUGGGGUUAUACUUUUUAUAGUCGAAAUGUGGUCGGAGAUGGUUAUGAAUCCUCAUAUAGGAGGAGGACUCAGUCUAGUGCUCACUAUUCAAGACAAUCUGCUAGUCCAGAAUACAGGAUACAGUCUUUUACUGAAAGGACAGAUCCACAUAGUCAGAGAGGACUCCAUGAGAGACAUUAUUACUAUUAUGAAAGAUGCAGGUCAAGGAGUCGAUCAAGUAAUAGGUCCAGGACCCCUUCUGGAGGGACUGACAGAAUGAAAAGUGAAAAGCCUGGUGGAAAAAGAAAGUACAAAACUCACCACUUGGAGACUGCAGUCAAGGAGAGUUCAGUUCUAGAGAAAGAAAAUGACCCCAAGAAAACUUUGUCAAAAUUCAGUGACUGCUACAAAAAUGAAGAUAGCCUUUCAGACAAUCGAGCAAGUAGUGAGACAAAGCAUAAGAAGAAGAAGAAGAAGACCAGGAGUCCAAGUGUGGAGAUAGUCUAUGAAGGAAAAGUCACAGACACAAUGAGGCAUCAUAAAAAGAAAAAGAAAAAGCACAAGAAGAAACACCGGAAACACCACCUGAGUAACUCGGUACAUUCUUCUCCAGUUGUGAUUACAAUUGAUAGUGAUACUGACAAGGAGCCAGAAAGUAUUGAAUGUGACAGUAGUAUUACUUGGACAGGCUCAACCCAGAUAAAUGAGAGGGAAAAUGAGUCUCUCUCUACUUUUCUGGGAGAGAAAGAAUGUAAGGAUGUUUAUAGGGUCAGCAAGGAAACUGGAGUAGCGGAUAAAAAUUGUAGUAUUGCCAGCACAAGAGAGGACUUAGAUGGUGACAUUAGAAAUAUUGAUGUCGAGCUUCAGGAAACAUCAGGUGAUCAGAGUCUUGCAGUACUGGAUAACAGUAGCAAUACAGCUCACACAGAAACUCCAACUAGCCACGUUCAAGGAGCACAAGCAGCAUCAACCAGUCAACUGCCUUCUCCCAGGACUUCCUUUCUAGAGAAUCCGGAGAGACCACCAUUGAUACUAAGACUCCCAAAGAGACUUGUCAACAGAUCCUUUUGGUCUGACUCUGCAGAAAAAAAAAUGUAGCAUGUUUUACAAUGAACACUUCUUAAAAUGGUGAAUUUGUUUUAAUUACUUUUUUCCCCUGGAGAACACAACACCUCAUGUGACUUGCGUAUGUUAAAAGACGUCUGAGAAAUGUGUAAAAUCCUUGAAUGUGUAUGCACUUUUAAGUCAGAGAAGAUAGAAUAUUGCUAGUAAGUAACGGUAAAAGUUUCUCAGAAGAGUGUUUGGAAAUUGUAGCCAUCCUGUAUUCUCAUAUUAUGUAAAAUAUACCCACAGAAUGUUUCAAAGUCCUGUUUUUUUUUUUAAAAAAACCCCUAAAUCUAAAGCCAGAAAAUGCAUUUUCCAAGGGUUGCUCCCAUUAUAUAGAGAAAAAGUUGUACUGUUCACAAAAAAAUAAUUCAAUUCUGCCAUCAUUUUGAUCUGUGUGGGUAAAGUUGAUAUCUGCUGAAAAAUAUUCAGUGAUUUCUACAUAAAUCUUGACCAAGACUUCCAUUAAAGUAAAAAUGAAUUCUGUCAAAAUCCAAAUAAAGCAAUAAGACUUUUUUUAAAAAAAAUG